AUGACUGGUCUGAAGUCAGUCUGUCGGUGUUUUGGAAAGGUGUCGGUUGUGUGUAAAUUGAGUGCGAAAAGUAUUUUUUUCAACAAAUCAAGUGUUUCUGGAGUUCACAAUGUCGGAUGAAAUUGCCGAGAAUGGAACAGCGAACGGAGACGUCCCGGAGAUCGAGUUGAUUAUAAAGGCAUCGACGAUCGACGGGCGACGGAAAGGCGCGUGUUUGUUUUGCCAAGAGUACUUCAUGGACCUGUACCUGUUAGCGGAACUCAAGACCAUCAGUUUAAAGGUGACGACAGUAGACAUGCAGAAGCCGCCUCCAGACUUCCGUACCAACUUCGAGGCCACGCAUCCGCCGAUCCUGAUCGACAACGGGCUCGCGAUACUCGAGAAUGAGAAGAUCGAGCGGCACAUCAUGAAGUCGGUUCCUGGAGGACACAAUCUUUUCGUACAGGACAAGGAAGUGGCGUCGCUGAUCGAGAACCUGUACUCCAAGCUGAAGCUGGUGCUAGUGCGCAAGGACGAGCAGAAGUCGGCGGCGCUGCGGGCGCACCUCGCGCGCAUCGACGCGCUGCUGGAGCGCAGGGCCACGAGGUUCCUGACCGGCGACACGAUGUGUUGCUUCGACUGCGAGCUGAUGCCGCGGCUGCAGCACAUCCGCGUCGCCGGAAAGUACUUCGUCGACUUCGAGAUCCCGACGAGCUUCCGCGCGCUCUGGCGCUACAUGUACCACAUGUACCAGUUGGACGCGUUCACGCAGAGCUGCCCCGCCGACCAGGACAUCAUCAACCAUUACAAACUCCAACAGUUGUCGGUGAAAGGCCUGGGCCUCUCGCCCGCGCCCGCGCGGCCUAGCGAUACGAACACGGCGCUGAAAAUGAAGAAACACGAAGAACUCGAGACGCCGACGUUCACGACAUCUAUCCCUGUCGACGUGAGCGAGAAUCACGCGGACUAACGCCGCGGAGCGAACUGAGCCUUGGUACAAUACACAUUAGGCGGGAAAUCGAAUGUCCACCGUUAUUUUAGCAUACACUACGUGCUGUUUCUUUGCAUUUCUCGGCGGGGGCUACAA